AUGGCAUCACUCCACUUCUGCUCAGAGUGCAAUAAUUUGCUUUACCCAAAGGCUGACACUGGGCGUCGCAUCAUGGUUUACGCUUGUCGAAUAUGUAGCGAAGAGGAGAUCGGCGAGAACAAGUGUGUCUACAGGAAUGAUUUACUAACAGUCACCAAAGAACAGGUGGGAAUUACUACCGACCUGGGAUCGGAUCCCACAUUGGCGCACUCAAAUAUUACAUGUCCGCAUUGUGGCCAAGACGACGCCGUUUUCUACCAGGAUCAGUCAAAACGGAAGGAAACCCGCAUGAUUCUGUUCUUCGUGUGUACCAAGUGUAACCACAGUUUUACGGAUCCUUCGCUCCCGCAGGACAAUCGACCUGACACCUCCUGA